AUGAGCUCCACCAACGGCGACUACAUCGGCACUGAGAGCUGCAUCAAUGACAUAAACCACGAUGACUUACGCGACAUGAAUGAGCCUGCAGGCCCGCCAACGAUGAAGAAGCAAUCCAGCGGCAGAAAGAUGAGGGACAAGAGAGAGUUCCCUCCCCCCAUACCUCUGCUGGUUUCAUCCCACAUGCCGCACGAGCUGAAGAGGUACUGCACCAGCGACGGCCGUCUGAUUCUCAGGGAGGAAAAGCCCAGCCGCCGCCACUUCUUUCGAGCUCACAGAGCCAACGGUCGUCUCAUCCUGCAACUCCUUCCCCUCGACCACGUGUUCCAUACAGAUAGCCUUUGUCUCGAUGCUCGGGAGCAGCUAGAAGGAGUCCAAGCAGCUAGUCCGCCUCAAACUGAUGUUUAUGGUGAUGGUGAGACCGUGCAUGAUAGGUUUGGAGAUGAAAGCCCUGGCGCACGGGAUGCUGAAGGGCUUCCCCGGUCAACAAACUGUAAUUUGAACUUUACUAGGGUUUCAUCAACGCCGUCCUCCUUGUUUGAGAUGCCUGUUCAUCCAAUUAGGACGGUUCGUGGUUGAUUUCUUUGUAAACAAAUCUGGAAUCCAAUUUUUUAAUUUCCUAGCUAGUCCGUGCAGCAAGCGCCA